GUUUGGUAUCUUCCUUUCCGUUGACGCCGCACUUUUUAUCAACGAUGGUUUCAUAUAUUUUGUUACGGAAUUCAGUGCAAGCGAAGCCACUGUCAAGAAGUCUAUUCGAUAUCAAUAUAGGCGAAAGAUAUCGAAAAGUGAAUGUUUGACGACAGAAUCAGUUUGAAGGGAAAUUCACCAUGAUAAGAACUACUGUGAAGAUCCUGUUUAUAUUUGUAACAGUAUCUAUGGUGGGGUCAUAUCAAGGAUCUGGUUUCUUCCCACCACACCGUGAACAGUGCUAUGUACCACGCGGACGCACAACAACAACAUCUACUACUCAACAUUCUCGAGACUACUAUUAUGAUGAUUAUAGUCAAAGGCGGUAUGGAUACCGACCAAGAAAAAAUCACGACCCAUGCGAAAAUACAAAUACCAUCACCAUUGACGUUACCUGUGAUCUGUCAUUCUAUGUAAAGGACUCAAAGUACGCGAUUACCUCUGAUACAUACCUAGUAUGUCCUACAGAUCGUAUCAGAUUUUUCAGUAGUACCAAUAUAUCAGUUCUGCGUGGAUCAGCGUUCGCAGCUGGAUUCCAAAUUUCAGAAUUACAUCUAAGCAGCCUCGGCUUGACAAAAAUCACACCGGGGGCGUUCAACAAGCAGCCAAAGAUACAUGCGAUUUUUCUAAGUAAGAACAACCUCGCAGAAAUAACUGUAGGUCUAUUUAAUUCACUAGAAUACUUGAACGAAUUGGAUUUGUCUGAAAAUCAAAUCGCAAAUGUCGGCGAUGAUGCUUUUUCUAGCGUUCCUCUAUCGAAACUGUAUCUAAGUAGGAAUAAGCUGACAUCAUUACCAGACUCUUUUGCAGAAAUCGGAACACUCGAUAUCUCGUACAAUUCCAUAAACAAAAUUAAUCCAUCAGUAGAUUUUAAUACAGUCACAUUGAAUGCAAGUAAUAAUAAAAUGCAAGGAUUUGAUAUGUCUAAGUUUCCUGUCAUUCAAGAAUUACAUCUAGCUCGAAACUUGAUCAAGGAAUUUGAAAUCAACAACGACAAUGAGACGCUAGAGAUCCUGGAUCUAUAUAAUAAUAUGUUAGCAGAAAUACCUGAAAAUACUUGUUCAUUGAAGGUACUCAAUUUAGGCGCUAAUAACAUUUCAAACUUACCAAACAAACCGCUUAACGCCAGUUCACUGGAAGAACUCAAUUUAAGUGAGAAUAAUCUAACGUAUAUACCGAGCGUGAUGUUCAAAGACUUACAGUGUUUGAAAAUUCUUGAUUUGUCUAAGAACGGCAUCUCCAGCUUUUCAUUUGGAACGUUUGAUGGCUUGAGCAAUCUAAGGAUCCUUAAUAUUUCCUAUAACGGAUUCAAAACGUUGCCUUUUACAACGUUCCACUCUGCGAAACUACUGUUCAAAAUUGAUUUCAGUAGAAACGAAAUAAGCGAUUUGGAUAUUCAUCAGUUAUUUAAGCACUUGCCAAUGUUGCAUUCGUUAGAUUUCAGAGGCAAUGCUUUCUCGUGUCACAAACUUUUAGAAAUAAUUCAUGUUUUGGAACUUAGAAAGGUAAUGUUCAUUCGUGGGUCUGAUAUCGAUGACGAUAACAUUUACGGUAUCAAAUGCAGCAAUUUUUAUGAACCUAUUUAUGAUAAUGCUGGUGGAAGCCAGAGCAAUGUAUCAUAUAAACAUCUAAUCGAUUAUUUCAAUAAAAACUUCAAAAACAGCAGCUUUGUACAGUAUUUAGGCGACUUAAUCAAACGAUUGGGAAUGAAUUUUAAUAAUGCUACCCGCGAAAGAACGCUGGUUUUCGAAAAACUGAUAAAUCGAAGCGAUGUAUCUUUCAAUAACUCAGUGGAUAUCCACAGAAAGUUAUACAAUGCUUUGAGUAAUGUGACUGUAGAGAUCAAUAAGAAUUCGAUAAACAUUAGCGAAUUUUAUAGAAUGCUCGCUAGUUUGAAGCAGGUCUUAAACGAUACAUUAGAUUCUAACAAGAAUGAUAGAGGAUUAUUAAUAAAGACAUUUUCUGAUAUGGAUACAGAUAUUAAAACGUUGCUAGACACGAUAAAGAUAACGCACCAAAGUACACUUAAACUUUUGUUGGAGAAAGCUCAAAACAAUGCAAGUCUGUUGCUAUCAAGGAUGCUUGAGGAUGAUUAUCUAAAGCCAAGUCAUUCUGAGAAACUUAGUGGGUCUUCAGAAGAUGAGGUUUCGGAUAGGGCGAAUCCAGUGCUUAUACUAAUUGUUAUCUUAUUAGUAAUAAUAACUGUGUUACUUCUUGGUUUCGGAUAUGUCAUGCUGUUUAGAAUUAAGAAUAUUAAUCAAAGAUCUGAUGUGGAACUGACUCGACUGGUAGAAUCCACGUCGCUUAAUGUUGGUAAAUGACAUGUACGAAUAUAUUAUUUGUAAAUCGUAAAUAUGGUUAUUCUAAUAUAUGUUAGUUUUUUGUGCUGUCUUAUUUUUCUAUCAACUUCCUACUCGUAAAAUAUACUAAG